AUGGAUCUCCUGAAGGGAAAAGCUGUGGAGUACAGCGCUGACGGGCUUCAUCUGCUCACUGCCGGGGAGCCGGUUGUUCUUCCCAACUCCCAGGAAGCUUGCAGGAAACACGGCUGCUGGGGGGGGGGGAGAAGCCGGGCCAAGUGGGUGAGGCUCAAUGUGGGGGGCACCGUCUUCCUCACCACCAGGCAGACCCUGUGUCGGGAGCAGAAAUCUUUCCUGUGUCGCUUGUGCCAGGGCGAGGAGCUGCAGUCGGACCGGGAUGAGACUGGUGCAUACCUAAUAGACCGGGACCCCACUUACUUUGGGCCCAUCCUGAAUUUCCUCCGCCAUGGGAAGCUGGUCCUGGAUAAACAUAUGGCUGAAGAGGGUGUCCUAGAAGAAGCUGAGUUCUAUAACAUUGGUCCUUUAAUCCGAAUAAUCAAGGAUCGACUAGAGGAGAAGGACUACACAGUAACUCAGGUGCCUCCCAAGCAUGUCUACCGUGUGCUGCAGUGCCAGGAAGAGGAGCUCACUCAGAUGGUUUCCACUAUGUCAGAUGGAUGGCGCUUUGAGCAGCUUGUGAACAUUGGCUCAUCCUAUAACUACGGGAAUGAGGAUCAGACAGAAUUCCUGUGCGUGGUCUCCAAGGAGCUGUACAACUCCCCCAAUGGCCUGAGCUCUGAACCCAGCCACAAAGCCAAGAGCACAGAGGAGGACCUGAAGGAGGAAGAGCAGGAGGUGGAGGAGGAGGCAGAGGCAGAAGCAGAAGCAGAGGAGAAAGCUGUUACAAGCCAGAGGUCUGAGGAUGUGAUCCCGACACUCCACUCCAGCCUUUUAAUUUCUGGUUUAUAUCUUUAUUUUUCUACUGCAGUAGCAGCCCUGUGUCAGCUGGGUGAGGAGGGGACGGGCGUGCUGCCCGGGUACCGGGAACACGCUGGCACCUGA